UACGGUUCCUCUGCGGUUCCUCUUCGGGUCUACCUGGUCCGGGUCCCAUUUCAGUCAUGUCCAAGCCUCUGAGCGACCACGAGAAGCGCAAGCAGAUCAGCGUGAGAGGAAUCGCGGGUCUGGGGGAUGUGGCCGAGAUCAAGAAGAGCUUCAACCGACACCUCCACUUCACCCUGGUGAAGGACCGGAAUGUGGCCACGCCGCGGGAUUACUACUUCGCCCUGGCGCACACGGUGCGGGAUCAUCUCGUGGGUCGCUGGAUCCGCACUCAGCAGCACUACUACGAGAAAGAUCCCAAGAGGGUUCACUAUCUUUCUCUGGAGUUCUACAUGGGCAGAACUCUGCAGAACACCAUGAUUAACCUGGGCCUGCAGAACACCUGUGAUGAAGCCAUCUACCAACUCGGACUGGACCUGGAAGAGUUGGAGGAGAUCGAGGAGGAUGCCGGACUGGGCAACGGUGGACUGGGACGCCUCGCGGCCUGUUUCCUGGAUUCAAUGGCGACGCUCGGCCUGGCGGCGUACGGUUACGGCAUCCGUUACGAGUUUGGAAUCUUCAACCAGAAGCUUUCCAGUGGUUGGCAGGUGGAGGAAGCAGACGAUUGGCUGCGCUAUGGUAACCCCUGGGAGAAGGCCCGCCCUGAGUACAUGCUCCCGGUGCAUUUCUACGGUCACGUGGAGCACACGGCAGAGGGACCGAAGUGGGUGAACACCCAGGUGAUUCUUGCCAUGCCGUACGACACUCCAGUCCCCGGCUACAAGAACAACACCGUGAACACCAUGAGACUCUGGUCAGCGAAGGCACCCAACGACUUCAAACUGCAAGAGUUUAACGUUGGAGAUUACAUCCAAGCUGUGCUGGACAGGAACCUAGCGGAGAACAUCUCGCGAGUGCUUUACCCGAAUGACAACUUUUUUGAGGGUAAGGAGCUGCGCCUGAAGCAGGAGUAUUUUGUCGUGGCUGCCACCCUGCAGGACAUCAUCAGACGCUUCAAAUCCUCCAAGUUUGGCUGCAGGGAGGCAGUGCGCACCUCACUGGACGGAUUCCCAGAAAAGGUAGCGAUCCAGCUGAACGACACACACCCUGCUCUGGCGAUACCCGAGCUCAUGAGGAUCCUGAUGGACGUGGAGAAACUCAGCUGGGAAAAGGCGUGGGACAUCACCACCAGGACUUGUGCCUACACGAACCACACGGUUCUGCCCGAGGCGCUGGAGCGCUGGCCCGUCUACAUGUUUGAGAAGCUUCUACCCAGACACCUGCAGAUCGUCUACGAGAUCAACCAGCGCCACCUAGAUAGAAUAGGGUCCCUGUACCCGGGGGACUCGGAUCGUCUCCGCAGGAUGUCCCUGAUCGAAGAGGGCGACCCAAAGAGGAUCAACAUGGCUCACUUGUGCGUGGUGGGUUCGCACGCUGUCAACGGGGUGGCCCGCAUCCACUCGGAGAUCGUUAAGAACACAGUUUUUAAGGACUUUUAUGACGUGGAGCCGGAGAAGUUCCAGAACAAGACGAACGGAAUCACCCCUCGCCGCUGGCUUCUGCUCUGUAACCCGGGUCUGGCUGACGUCAUUGCAGAGAAACUGGGUGAGGAGUUCCUGACUGAUCUGUACCAGCUGAAGAAACUGUUGGACUACAUCGAUGACGCUGCUUUCAUCAGAGACGUGGCCAAAGUCAAACAGGAGAACAAGCAGAAGCUAGCAGCGUACCUGGAGGAAACGUACAAGGUGAAGAUCAACCCAGAGUCCAUCUUCGACAUUCAGGUGAAGAGAAUUCACGAGUACAAGAGACAACUGCUCAACUGCCUCCACAUCAUCACCUACUACAACAGAAUCAAAAAAGAGCCGAGCAAGAAGUUUGUGCCCAGAACGAUCAUGAUCGGAGGCAAGGCAGCACCCGGGUACCACAUGGCCAAGAUGAUCAUAAAGCUGAUCACGUCGGUGGCGGAGGUGGUGAAUAAUGAUCCGGUGGUGGGUGAUCGACUGAAGGUGAUCUUCCUGGAGAACUACAGAGUCUCGCUUGCUGAGAAAGUGAUCCCGGCGGCAGACCUGUCGGAGCAGAUCUCCACCGCCGGAACGGAAGCCUCUGGCACAGGGAACAUGAAGUUCAUGCUGAAUGGCGCCCUCACCAUCGGUACCAUGGACGGUGCCAACGUGGAGAUGGCCGAGGAGGCUGGCGAGGAGAACCUCUUCAUCUUCGGCAUGAGGGUCGAGGACGUCGAGGCAAUGGACCUUAAGGGAUAUAAUGCUCAUGAGUACUACGAUCGCCUGCCGGAGCUCAGACAGGUGAUGGAUCAGAUCCGCACCGGCUUCUUCAGCCCCAAAGAACCGGAACUGUUUAAGGACGUCGUUGACAUGCUCAUGAACCAUGAUCGGUUUAAGGUGUUUGCUGAUUAUGAGGCUUACAUCAGCUGUCAGGAGAAGGUCAAUGACCUCUACAGGAACCCUAAGGAGUGGACCAGGGUGGUGAUCAGGAACAUUGCAGCUUCUGGAAAGUUCUCCAGCGAUCGUACGAUCACCGAAUAUGCGCGAGAGAUCUGGGAGGUGGAGCCGUCUGACCUGAAGAUCCCGCCGCCCAACGAGCCUCGAGACUGAGAUCACACAGAUCUAACAGAUUAUAUCCAGUGCUUGAUUUGCUUCAAAUGUCUAAUAAAUCUUCUGAAUCUUGUGACUGUCAUGAUGAACGUGCUCCUUAUGACUGUAUGUAUUGGUUUGACCUCAGCUGUACACUGUUAUAAAUGUGAUAUCAGAUC